AAAGCACACACUGGCAUUGGGCACACUGAAAUUUAGGACUUUGUUUCAACUUGUUCGGCAUCCACCCCUUCAUUCGAGAUGAGAACUGGUAUACCCAUAAUGCUCUUUGUUGCAGUGGCAGGAUUCCACAAUGCGAUUUCAGCAUCUCUGGAAUUCGAUGAAAGCAAAUCGCCUGAAGAGAGAGUGUAUGAAGAGAACGUCACGACAACACAACCAGAUGACUCGGAAUAUGCGGCUGCUCAUGUGAACGUGACAGAAGAUCUCCUAAAAACGACUCAUAUGGAUGGAGAGACAGAGGCACUAACAUUUGAUACAGAUGGAGAGACAGAGGCACUAACAGUCGAUACAGGAGAGAACACCGGAAGUGACGAGUCCGUAGACAUUUCUGAGGAAGACAGUAAGUAUAUUCAUUUAAAUUAUAGUACAGUACAAGCAAACCACUGUAAAUUAUAUAGGCUAUAUAUAUUGUGUCUUAUUAACUCAUCUUUCCCUCGUGUUAUUUGAUUUCUAUGAUUGGUGUGGCUACUGUAAACUGCUAAUGUUUCCCUGGCUAUUGUAAAGUUGUGUAACACAUGUCUCUUAUUGCACAGCCUCUCAACAGAAGACAGGUAAACGCUUCACGUUACAUUAUUUGUAUCCAUAAUUUAAGACGAAAAACAGUUAGUAGUCUAACAUAUGUCCUUUCAUUAAAAUACAAUGAUUGUAUUCAUGCAUGUGGUAUAUAUAGUCAGUAAUUUAAUGGAUGACUUUUGCAAUUAUAAUCUUUCCUUUUGACAAUUGACCUGUUCUCUCUUAUAUAGUCUCUUGUUAUGUUCUAGAGCACAGCGAGCAGGCUGAAGAGAAAAGAACAGGUGA